AUGGUUUUCUCUGGCAGGCAGUCUGGCCAUGUUGGCAGACCUGAAGAAGUUUUACUGACUUUCAAGAUAUUUCUUGUUAUUAUUUGUCUUCAUGUUGCUCCAGUUACAUCCCUGGAAGAUAAUGCCAAUAAUUCCAGUUUGUCCUCACCAUCUGCUGAACCAUCUCUUGGUUUUGUCCCCUACUCCAAUCCAGAGGUUGAAACGACAAGCCUCAAUGAUGCUACUUCAAGUGUAUUAUCUACUUUAAACAAAACAGAAAAAACUAAAAUCACUAUAGUAAAAACCUUCAAUGCAUCAGGGGUCAAGGCCCAGAGAAAUAUCUGCAAUUUGUCAUCUAUUUGCAAUGACUCAGUAUUUUUUAGAGGUGAGAUAAUGUUUCGAUAUGAUGAAGAAAGCAACGUUACCCUGAAUCAAGAGAUAACUAAUGGCACCUUAACUGGAGUCCUGUCUCUGAGUGAAUUGAAACGAUCAGAGCUCAACAAAACUCUGCAGACUCUAAGUGAGACUUAUUUUAUAGUGUGUGCUAUAGCAGAGACUCAAAGCACAUUAAAUUGUACUUUCACAAUAAAACUGAAUAAGACAACAAAUGUAUGUGCUGUCAUAUUUGCUUUGAAAAGUGUAAAGAUUCGACCCCUGGAACACUGCUGCUGUUCUGUCAGGACACCCUGCCCUUCCUCCCCAGAGGACUUGGCAAAACUGCAAUGCGAUCUGCAGGAUCCCGUUGUCUGUCUUGCUGAUCAUCAACAUGGCCUGCCAUUUUCUCCUUCCAGAGGCUCCAUCCCAGUUGUGCCUCCAGCCACUGUUCCUCCCCAGGUUUCUAGUGCCGUCUCUUUGGCUGAGCCCCUAGAUCACCCACCUGUGACCCACAAGGCUCCUUCUCCAACAAAGGAGAGUCACCCCCCUUCUCCCCAGCCUUUACCUCCCAUAGCUUCCAGCCCUGCCAUUGAUGUGCCCCCUCAGUUUGGAACUAUCUCUUCCACCACGUUCCAAACCCAUCCUUCGAGCAUUCCACCGCCUGCGAAAGCCUCACUUUCCCCUCUCACCAUGAAGGCCUCCGUGAAUGUCAGUGUCACCACCAGCACACCUCCUGGCACGAAAGAAAUUGUCAACACCGGCAGUUUUUCCGAUCUUGAGAACCAAGUGUCUCAGAUGGAGAAGUCUUUGGCCUUAGGGAGCUUGGAGCCUCACCUUGCUGGAGAAAUGAUAAACCAAGUCAGCAAACUCCUUCGUUCCCCACCUGCUGUGCUCGCUCCUGUGGCUCAAAGAUUGCUAAAAGUAGUGGAUGACAUUGGCUUACAGCUGAAUUUUUCAAACCAGACCAUAAGUCUAACCUCCCCUUCUUUGGCUCUGGCCGUGAUCAAAGUGAAUGCCAGUAAUUUUGACACAACUACCUUUGCGGCUCAAGAUGCUGAAAAUCUUCAGGUUUCUCUGGAAACUCAAGCUCCUGAGAAUAGCAUUGGUGUUAUUACUCUUCCUUCCUCACUGAUGAGUAAUUUACCAGCUAAUGAUGUGGAGUUAGCUUCCAGGGUUCAGUUCAACUUUUUUGAAACACCUGCCCUGUUUCAGGACCCUUCCCUGGAGAACCUCUCUCUGAUCAGCUACGUCAUAUCAUCAAGUGUUGGGAACUUGACCAUCAAGAACUUGACAAGAAAUGUGACAGUCACAUUAAAGCACAUCAACACGAGCCAGGAUGAUGAUUUAACAGUGAAAUGUGUAUUUUGGGACUUGGACAGAAACAGUGGCAGAGGAGGCUGGUCAUCUGAAGGGUGCUCUGUCAAAGAUAGGAGGCUGAAUGAAACCAUCUGUGCCUGCAGCCACCUGACGAGUUUCGGCGUUCUGUUGGACCUAUCUCGGACAUCCUUACUGCCUGCUCAGAUGAUGGCUCUGACGUUUAUAACAUAUAUUGGUUGUGGACUUUCAUCAAUUUUUCUGUCAGUUACUGUGGUAACCUACAUAGCCUUUGAGAAGAUCCGGAGGGAUUACCCUUCCAAAAUCCUCAUCCAGCUGUGUGCUGCUCUGCUCCUGCUAAAUCUGGUCUUCCUCCUGGACUCAUGGAUCGCGCUGUAUAAGAUGCGAGGCCUCUGCAUCUCAGUGGCUGUAUUUCUUCAUUAUUUUCUCUUGGUCUCAUUCACAUGGAUGGGCCUGGAAGCAUUCCAUAUGUACCUGGCCCUUGUCAAAGUGUUUAAUACUUACAUCCGAAAAUACAUCCUUAAAUUCUGCAUUGUGGGUUGGGGGGUACCAGCUGUGGUUGUGACGAUCAUCCUGACUAUAUCUCCAGAUAACUAUGGCCUUGGAUCCUAUGGGAAAUUCCCCAAUGGCUCACCAGAUGACUUUUGCUGGAUCAACAGCAACGCAGUGUUCUACAUUACAGUUGUGGGCUAUUUCUGCGUGAUAUUUUUGCUGAACGUCAGCAUGUUUAUCGUCGUCCUGGUUCAGCUCUGUCGAAUUAAAAAGAAGAAGCAACUGGGAGCCCAGCGGAAAACCAGUAUUCAAGACCUCAGGAGUAUUGCUGGCCUUACAUUUUUACUGGGAAUAACCUGGGGCUUUGCCUUCUUUGCCUGGGGACCAGUUAAUGUCACCUUCAUGUAUCUCUUUGCCAUCUUUAACACCUUACAAGGAUUUUUCAUAUUCAUCUUUUACUGUGUAGCAAAAGAGAAUGUCAGGAAGCAAUGGAGGCGGUAUCUUUGCUGUGGGAAGUUACGGCUGGCUGAAAAUUCUGGAAAUGCUUCUACAGAGAGGAAUGGGGUUUCUUUCAGUGUUCAGAAUGGAGACGUGUGCCUUCACGAUUUCACUGGAAAACAGCACGUGUUUAAUGAGAAAGAAGAUUCCUGCAAUGGAAAAAGCCGGAUGGCUUUCAGAAGGACUUCAAAGCGGGGCAGCUUACACUUUAUUGAGCAAAUGUGAUUUCCUUUUUCUAAAACCAAAGCUUGAUGCUUGACAGUGUGAAAUGUCUGGUUUUACCUUUUUACACAAUGUGAGAUGUAUGAAAAUCAACUUAUUUUAUACUCGGCAACCUCUCGAGGAGCGUAAGCUAAUGGAGGGCAAUGAUUACUAUUAGAAGAGUAAACCAAGACAGUGUACCAUGAUUUUUAGACCUCUGUGAUUUGUUUUCUCCUUCAUUUCAAUAGAAGGUUGAUUUAAAGCAGCGCACUAAGAAUAAGCCUCCUGUCUUUAGAAAAAAAAUAGUUAAUUUUCAGUCACAUGUUAAAGAGGCUGAGUUACCUUUGAUAACAUCAUGUAAAGCAACCGUGGACUUCAGCCUGUUGGUGAGUUUAGUUGUGCACGCCUUCGUUGUAUAUAAGCUAACUCUCGUCACCUACAUGUCAACAAUCUUACUUCUACAUUUUUGUAUUUAUUUUCUACUGUGUAAAUUUAUUCCUUCGUAGAAUCAUGGUUGUGUUGUUUUUGUCUAACGUGAUAAUUCAGAAAAUCCUUAUUAGCUCAGUGAAUUCUACGGCUCCUUUUAGAGAUUAUAUGGGAUGUGAAAUACUGAAACCUCACUGAAAUCAAGAAAUGAUGAUACCAGCCAGCCUGGGAAAAUAUAAGCAGAGGAUGCCACAUUUAGCUCAUACACUGCCUUUGAGCAGGUUAGAAUAAGAUGCCCUCUCUGGGCAGACACAGCCCCAUGGUAUCAUGGUUUGCCCAACAGAGCAGGGGCCAUAUUUUAGCCCCACUCACCCUCUUGGGUGCGUUCUUAUGCAGGGUAAGACCUGUACAGCCUACGUGGCAUCCAAUACUCAUCCCCAUCUCCUGAUCUCAUCCCCAAGGACCACAUUAUGGAAUCAGCACCAACAUGGCCACAGAGAGGGAUGGAACUGUAAUCUAGACUAUAUGU